AUCUUAUCGACAUCUGCAACGCAAAACACGCUUUUUAGUUCAUAAUUUAAUCAAUUUAAAUACGCUUUUUUGAAAUGGCUGUGCUACCACCAGAUCCAGUGUUCAGUUUACGUUGCCCCGACAUGGGCGCAGUGAAUUCCCUAUGUUUCCACGAAAGCGAACGCCUGCUGGCGGGCACCAUCAAAGGCAAAGUAUUUCUUUGGGAUCUACAGACAAAUCGUUCGGCGCUGCACUUUGAGGUGGGCAGCGAGCCAAUUACGAAUCUACAUCACACAACAGAGCAUCUGAUAACUCAGGAGAAGGGCGGCACCAUCACCAUGUUCUCCAUUAGCAACAGUUCCUAUGUCAAAGAGCGGAGCAUUCCCGGUAAUCAUUUGGGCUAUUGCCGCACCGCUCUGCACAUCAAUCCGAAUAAUACAAAUGAACAGCUAUUGUUCUAUCCGUGCGAGGAUACGGCCAUUGGUGUGCUGCACGUAACGGAUCCGGCGGCACCAACACAAAUGCUACAACCGGAUGAUCCACAGUUGCCCAAAUUGGGCAGCGUCACCUGUUUUAAGCCGUUUGAGUGCGCCUCCCAAUUGUUUCUACUCGCCGGCUACGAAUCGGGGCAUUUUCUCACCUGGGAUCUCAGCUCGGGCUGUAUGAUUGAUGUCAUGGAACUGGCACCGGAAGCCCUGACGGUUGACUACGAUUCCAUCACAAAUCGCGGCAUUGUUGGCGGCGCUUCGGACAAGCUGACGACCUUUAGCUAUCAGCGACAAUCGAUGCAGAUGCAACGCGGAUCGGAGCUGUGCAUCAAGAAUCCGGGCGUGAAUUGUGUGCGCAUACGCUCCGAUCAGAAGGUCUUCGCCAGCGCUGGCUGGGAUGGACGCAUACGCAUCUUUUCGUGGAAGAGUUUGCGACCGCUUGCAGUGCUCACACAGCACAAGCAGGGCGGCGUCAUGGACCUGGCCUACUCCGCGCAACCGGUGUCCAUGUGGCAUGCACCUAUUAUGGCGGCAGCUGGCAUGGAUGCACAGAUCUCACUCUGGGACUUGUACAACUAAAAUGGGGAAGCCCUAGCAUCUACCUCCCAGACACAGUUGUCUUUUUAUAUUUAGCUCUUAAGUGUUACACAUUUUGAACUAAUCCUAUCUUCUGGCAGCGACUGACAAUUCGGAAGCAAAUACUUUCUGAAUAAGCCCUGUAAUUUAGUUGAUCUUUAACAGCUAUCUAUACAAUAUAUAUGAAUAAUCCGUACAGUUCCAUUCGGAAUAUUACUAUUUUAAAUGAAAUCAAAAGGCUAUAUUAAAUCUUGAUCUAAUUGUGAAUUUUGUUUUCGAAAAUUAUUCAAGCUUCUCAAUGUAUUGAAAACCGUUUAAAGUUGAAUAUAUUUCAUUAUCUUUGACAUUAGAAUUCUCAGAUAAAUAAUUAUCCGAAGGCUAUGUAACAAUUUGUUAAUAUUCUCUUUAAUAAAUGAAAACUUUAUCAAAGUUAAAUGAAAUUCCAA